AUGGCCUCAGCUAAUCCAGAUAUUUUAUAUAAAUUUGAGUCUAUGAGAACGAAAUGGAGACACUGUUUUGAAGAGUAUAAGCCUGAUAUAGCAAAGACUGUUAAACACUUCUUUGGCCGACAGUUUUACAGAAAGCACAAGCAUUCUACGUAUGUGAUCGGCGAACUGCCCGACGGAAUAUUCUUGUUCGUAAAACCUACCAUGUACCAAAACCUUAAGAAGAAAAUUGAAGAACUAAUUGAAGAGACGUUGCCUGACGUUCGACCGACAACUGGUGCCACUGUUAUAGAGGAAGAAAAAUGGUUUCCAGAUGAGCAGUCUUUUACUGAGUUUCUCGAUGCUAAAAGGGAAGAACAUUAUAAAAGUGUUGAAAGGUAAAGUAAUAUUUACAGCUAUUAAAGACUUAUAGCGGGCCAUAUGACGUCGGCGGCGAUCACACAAACAUAAACAAAACCAUAUAACUGGAUUUGAAAACAAAACCAUGCCACGUUGGUUAUCGACCGCAAGUUUUCAGUUUUCUAAACGGUUUGCUGAUCAUAGAAAUGACGUCAAAAAUCGGGUUGUGAAAACCCACGGCAAAGUUAUGAGCAUUUGUUAUGUUGUGUAAUUUCUAUUGCCGUUAAUAGCUUAGACAAAGAAAAAUGUAGUCGAUUCGUUUUGUACUUUUUUUCCUACAACAAUACUGGCGUUUCUCGGAAACAGGGUCUCGGAAGCAGCUCUCCGUCGAGUUUCUCGGAAAACUGAUUUUCCUCCCGUGUGACAUUAAAAAAUGGCGCCUUUAUUGAACUAUUUUUGAACAGAUUGUCAUGAUACUCAGUUCACAGUUUUUUUUAGCCAUUGCAUUUGUUACAGCCAGCAAAUACUUGCGCGUCCGCUUAUAAUGAAGAAACUAUGGCUUUUAUUAAAGGAGCUGUGUCACAAAAUGCCUGUCAAAUUAAGAGAAACAUAUAAAUAACUGCUUAAAACUUUAAAGAAGGGUUAAAAUAACAUAACAGGAACAACAGAUGUCACGGAUGGGCAAAACUGAAGAAGAUUAAAACGGAUUGAAAUUAGGAUUUUUGAAAACUGUUCAGCCUAACAGUUUUUCAAAGUUGUCGAUCCCCACUGUUUGCAACUUCAAAAAUAAUGCUCAGGAGGCAGGCAUAUUUGUUUGUCUCGGGUCUCUGAUUUUGUCAUUUACAUGUAAUUUCUUUGCUUACUUUAACUUGCAUAGUGAUUGAAGGCGAGUAAUUGGCAAAAUUAAACAAAAUGAACUGGACUGCCGUGACACAGCCCCUUUAAUCAGGAAAUUUAUACAUGGCUCGAAAGCUGAGGAAAAUAAAUUAAACAAAAGAAAUGAAUUAUUGAUAACUGAAUCUCAAUGUGAUUUCUUUUGUUUUAUUCCUUCAGCCUGGGUCAAAAAUUCGAAACUGGUCAAUACAAAAAUGACCUCUUCAGCUUAUCUGUUUUGUUUUGCCAAUGCAGGUCUCAGAAGAAUGAGUUUGUUUGUUUCAAGAGCCAAACACGAGCCUGAGCCAUCCACGCUCGAGCCAGCCUCGAGUCUACAAGCCCCAAUGUUCAUUUUUUUCCUAUUUUUGACUAGUCUGAAUUUCAGACAUUCCUUCGAGUCAUUUACUCCUCUCAGCGACGUAAGCCGAAAACCGGGUAGUGAUUUUGAUUGGUUGAUUGCUGAAUGGUGUAUUCGACUUGAGGGAAUGUCUGAAAUCUAGGCUACGGUUUUGAGUUUCAUGGCCACAGAAAAGCAAUGAAUAGUUUGAAGAAAUAAUUUGUUACGCGCUCAGGCGUGACUUCGUGUCGAAGGAAAAGAAAGUUUUCUUUUUCACAGCCAUAAACUGCGCCUGUUUGCUCUUUUAGGUCCUUUCAGAGACCGCAAUGACAAAUUUCCCAACCCUUUCAAAUUUUUCAACUAAUGAAAUCCGUACCCUCUUAUACUGACCCGGAUCCUGAAAAAGAUACCCCUUUCGGGCGGAGCCUCCCAGUUUAGGCCAUUAUAGGGGGUACCCUAUUCCAUGGGCGUCGAACCCAAUAAUGCGCGGAAUACAUCGAGUAUUUUGACUGUUAUAUUUUGCCUUUAGGGCUUUAAUUUACGGUGCGAAGUAAAUUAAAAUCAACUUAACAUUUUAUUAUCCUUCUCAGGAGACAGCAGGAAGCAAAUACAAGCUUAAGACGACUACGCAAGACCUUGAAAGCCAGUCCAGGAGCGAAGAUUCUGGCAUUUAACCUGGUGGUGUUUGAAGGUGACCACAACGUCGUCCUUGAGAUUGGCUACACUAGGACAACUCUACGAGACAUGCCACAUCAAAAGCGAGCGUUUCACUACAUUAUUAAAGAAAACCUCAGGUAUAUGUGCGAGUUUUAAACCGAAAAAUGCAUUUAAUUAUUUAUAUCACAAACGGCGACACUUCAGCAGUUAAAUUAAAUGUUACUUAUCACAACUUCCCUCUUGACUGGUUGUAGAAACUAAUUUGCGCUUCCGGUUACUUGAAUCCCAGCUGGAAGGCCUCAACAAGCAGCUUGAGUAAGAUUAAACGUUCAACGUAGUAUCCGACGAACUGAUUUCAAUUGUGAGACUUGAUUUAAAAAUCCUAGCUAUUAAGCAGCGAAAAAGAAGGCAGCGUGGCCGAGUGGUUAGGGGGCUGGACUAUUAAUCCAGAAGCCCCGAAUUCAAGUCCCGCCCACGGCUUGAUUUGUUCUCGGUAGUCCCGACUUCAAAUCUCCGACCAUGCUUGUAGAAUAGUUUCCAACUGGUUGGGAUGAUUAUCAUCAUCAUCAUCAUCAUCAUCAUUAUUAUUAUAUUUUUGUAUUUUAAAGUCACUUAGCCAAAAGAGUUGAGACCGUUACUGUUAAUUACCACUAAUUUGUUUACGGUGAAUGUUUCCGUGAAAAUAUAGUGAUCAGUGUGGAGCCUGAGAACUCUGCAGUACUCCUGCAAAUACCACCGCCUAUUUUUAAACAGGCGGUGAGAUUCAUUAACUUGAAUGUCUUUUUCUCUGACAGGUACGAAAACAAGAAUAGGAAUCGCUUCGAGUUUGGCACAUCUCAGCGCAUGUCUCUCAAAGAAGCCGCUGCAAAAGUCCAGGAACAGAUCGCGGCAGUAGACAUCCUAGUUACACAUGGCGGAGCACAGGAUGCAGAAUUGCUUGAGUGCUGUGGGAUUUCAGUGACAGAGAAGAUCAUGUUUGACACGCAACUUCUAGCCAUGGUUUUAAUACAAGAUCGACGACUGGACCUCAAUAAUCUAAAGCAAUCGCUGGUCGAGUUGGAAAUCCCAUUUGAUGAAAAUGUUCGCCUUUACAACAGCGGAAAUUAUGCCUACUUAAACACGGCUGUAUUUCUGAAACUUAAAGACAUCGCAGUCUCGCGAAAGUAG